AUUUCCACAUAUAAAUUUGGACCAGACGGCUUGCAGGCUAUCCUCUGGGAUAACAAGAUGGCUGCAGCUGAAGGAGCAACAUUUAAAGGUCUUCCCCGAAGAGACAAUGAAAAAAGAAGAAAGAAAAAGGACGUGGUUGCUCCAGUGCACGUGGAGAAACAUCCUCUCCAAAGCAGGUGGGCUCUUUGGUUCUUUAAAAAUGUCAAAAGCCAACCAUGGCAGUGUAACUUGCGUCUUGUGACAACCUUUAACACAGUGGAAGACUUCUGGGCACUCUACACACAUAUCCAGCUAGCAAGCAAACUGUCCUCUGGUUGUGACUACUCAAUAUUUAAGGAUGGCAUUGAACCCAUGUGGGAAGACAGUAGGAACAAAAGAGGUGGGAGAUGGCUGAUCACUCUGUCAAAGCAGCAAAGGCAUAGUGAUUUGGACACACUUUGGCUAGAGACGCUGCUGUGUCUAAUUGGUGAAGCUUUUGAUGAAUACAGUGAGGAGGUCUGUGGAGCUGUAAUUAACAUUCGUGCAAAAGGAGACAAAAUUGCAAUCUGGACUAGAGAGACAGAAAACAGAGAGGCUGUCACUUACAUUGGUCGUGUGUAUAAGGAGAGACUUGGCCUGUCUUCCAAGGUAGUCAUUGGUUAUCAAGCACAUGCAGAUACAGCCACAAAGAGCAAUUCUCUCACUAAGAACAAGUUUGUUGUUUAAUGAAGACUCCCAUCAUGUCCACACUUCUCAGUUGUACUCUGUGCAUACAUUUUUGUUUUCAUAGUGGGCAAAAUGAG